CAAAUAUUUGUUUAUAUUAGGCACAGUGAUGAAAAGUUGCUGAUUGCCAAGUUGCACCAACACAUUGUCUCUCUUCAAGUGAGCGAAGCUACUGCGCUUGGUAAGUUGGAGUCAAUCACAUCCAAACUGCAGAAGGUGGAGGCCUAUAAUUUGCGCUUAGAGCAGAACGAUGAGAAAGAACAGGCUCUCUGUUAUGCCCGUUCCGAGGGGAGAAAAGCAAAACAUCUGUCCCAAACAAUUCAGUCUCUACGACGACAGUUCAGUGGAGCCUUACCCUUGGCACAACAGGAGAAGUUCUCUAAAACAAUGAUUCAGUUACAAAAUGACAAACUUAAGAUAAUGCAAGAAAUGAAAAAUUCUCAGCAAGAACAUAGAAAUAUGGAGAACAAAGCCAUGGAAAUGGAAUUAAAAUUAAAGGGGCUGGAAGAGUUAAUAAGCACAUUAAAGGAUGCCAGGGGAGCCCAGAAGGUAAUCAAUUGGCAUAUGAAAAUAGAAGAACUUCAUCUUCAAGAGCUUAAACUAAAUCGAGAAUUAAUCAAGGAUAAAGAAGAAAUAAAAUAUUUGAAUAAUAUAAUUUCUGAAUAUGACCAUACAAUCAGCAGUCUAGAGGAAGAAAUUGUACAGCAGAACAAGUUUCAUGAAGAAAGGCAAAUGGCCUGGGAUCAAAGAGAAGUUGUGCUGGAACAUCAACUAGACAUUUUUGACCGUCAGCAAAAUGAAAUAUUAAGUGCAGCACAAAAGUUUGAAGAGGCUACAGGAUCAAUGCCAGACCCUAGUUUACCCCUUCCAAAUCAACUUGAGAUUGCUCUAAGAAAAAUUAAGGAGAAUGUUCGAGUAAUCCUAGAAACACGGGCCACUUGUAAAUCACUAGAAGAGAAACUGAAAGAAAAAGAAUCUGCUUUAUGGUUAGCAGAGCAAAAUAUUCUAUCAAGAGACAAAGUCAUCAGUGAACUGAGGCUUCGAUUACCAGCCACUGCAGAACGAGAAAAGCUUAUAGCCAAACUAGGCAUAAAGGAAGUAGAACCAAAAUCACAGUAUACAUUGAAAAUUGCUCAUCAGACCAUUGCAAACAUGCAAGCAAGGUUAAAUCAAAAGAAAGAAGUGUUAAAGAAGUAUCAACAUCUUCUGGAAAAAGCCAGAGAGGAGCAAAGAGAAAUUGUUAAGAAGCACGAGGAAGACCUUCAUAUUCUUCAUCAUAAACUAGAACUACAGGCUGAUAGUUCACUCAGUAAAUUCAAACAAACAGCUCAGGAUUUAAUAAAACAGUCUCCUACUCCAGUUCCUACUAACAAGCAUUUUAUUCGCCUGGCUGAGAUGGAACAGAUGGUAGCAGAACAAGAUGACUCUCUCUCCUAUUUGAUCAAACUAAAAAAAGUAUUUCAAGAUUUAGAGAGACAAAAAGAAAUCACUGAAUUAAAAGUCAGAUUUGAAAAUAUCAAAUUAUGGCUCCAAGAAAACCGUGCAGAGGAAGUGAAAAAAGUGAAAGGAGCAGUAGAGGACUUAAGGUGUCUUCUGUCCCAGUCACAAAAGGAGUCACAGAGUUUAAAAUCUGAACUUCAGGCUCAAAAAGAAGCAAAUCCCAGAGCUCCAACAACCACAAUGCGAAAUCUGGUAGAUCGACUCAAGUUAGCCUUGAAAGAGAAACAGCAAAAAGCACUUAGUCGAGCACUUUUGGAACUCCGGGCAGAAAUGACAGUGGCAGCUGAGGAACGUAUUAUUUUUGCAACUUCUCAGAAAGAGGCAAAUCUUAAUGUUCAACAAAUUGUUGAUUGACAUACUAAAGAGCUAAAGUCACAAAUUGAAGACUUAAGUGAAAAUCUUUUAAAAUUGAAAGAAGCCCUUAAAGCAAGUAAAAACAGAGAAAUCACUGAUAAUUUGAAUGACUUAACCAAUGAACUGACAAAAAAACAAAAAGUCUAUAAUAAAAUGCUUACAGAGAAAGAUGGAAUUGAUCAAGAGAAUGAUGAACUGAAAAGGCAAAUUAAGAGACUAACCAGUGGAUUACAGGGCAAACCUGUGAUAGAUAAUAAACAAAGUCUAAUUGAAGAACUCCAAAAGAAAAUUAAAAAUCUAGAAAGUCUACUGGAAAGAAAGGUGGAUGAAGUAGAACUAAAACCUAUAAAAGAAAAGAGUGCUAGAGAAGAAUUAAUUAGGUGGGAAGAAGGUAAAAAAUGGCAAGCCAAAAUAGAGGGAAUUUGAAACAAGUUAAAAGAGAAAGAGGGGGAAGUCUGUACUCUAACAAAGCAGUUGAAUACUUUGAAGGAUCUUUUUGCUAAAGCUGAUAAAGAGAAACUUACUUUACAGAAGAAACUAAAAACAACUGGUAUUACUGUUGACCAAGUUAUGGGAGUGCGAGCUUUGGAGUCAGAAAAAGAGUUGGAAGUUAAAAAGAGAAAUUUUGACUUAGAAAACGAUGUAUCGUAUAUGAGGACUCACCAAGCUCUUCCUCGAGAUUCUGUCAUAGAAGAAAAACUCCAUGCUUUAGAAAAACAGUUUUCAAAGGAUGCAUAUUCUAGGCCUUCAGUAUUAGACUACAGAAAGAAACUCAGCAAGGAACUCCACCCCCAACCCAGAGUCAGGAACCCCUGAAACCUCAGAGGAAUAUUUCACUACCCAUUCACCAUCCUUUAGUUAUAAAAACUGAGGAAGAAGAGGAGGAAGAUGAUGAACAAACUGGUUAGUAAGCCUUUUCUCAGAUUUACAAUGCACAUUAAAAGACCUCACAAUAUUUCAUACGUUUGUUUAACUGUUAGAGGUUCAUGAUAUAUAAGGCAGAUUUGGGUGUGAAAAUGAUUUCAAUUUUAUUAAGUAUAUUAAAAUCAUUAUGUUCUAAUUUAUUCUAUGUCUACACAUGCUUAUGCUCUUUUGGACUGGAAGGUUUUUGUAUAAUAGCUGGGAGACAGAUCUCAUGUUUAAAUAUGUACAGUUGUUUACAGGGAUACUAAUAACCUCUUUUAUUUAUAUAUAACUGAACAUUGAUAAAAGUGAUUUAUGUAUCUUUUAUUUAUAUGUAACUAAAUAUUAACAUAUCCUUCUGUCUGAUAUAUGCUUACAUCUGUCUCAUAUUUAAUCCUGGAAGUUCUAGAUAUGCAUGGAGUAUUUUAUAGUUUAUAAAGGCUACCGUCUGUAUUAUCCCAAGGAAACCUUGCCAAAUUAUAAACAGCAUUAGAACCCAGGUCUUCUGCAGCCUAGUGCAUCCUAUUCUUCCCAUAUCAUCAGAAAACUGUGGUGCCAGAGAAACAUGCAGAGAAACAUGCAGAAAAGUAGACUCUUCCUUCCUGCCCUUGAACACAUCCUGUGGGCUCCAGACCACCAUAGCCUCUGUGCUCAGUAAUACACAGAACUACUCAUUCCUUUAUGUUACUGCUGUAGCUCCGCAUCCCCCAAACCCACAUCCUCCUCCAAAGAACAUGAUCUCAGCGUGUGAGUCUAUCCCUCCUGCUUCUCAUCUCACACGCAUAAUGUGUGAUUAGGCAUUUCAUUUCUCUCAACUGAUUCUAAUACAUGAAAAACAGCAAUUAGAAACAUUUGCCAGUAUGCAAAUUACUGAUUUUAAAGAUAAAAAAAAAACCUAGUAAUCCAUCCAUGAAAACAAUAUUUGGGAUUUUUCAUUAUGGUUUAUAAAUUUUUAGAUUAUUUGGCUUUGGAACAAUUUAAUUAAAAAAUAUAUCCUAUAGAUGCAUCUAGUUUACGGACAAUGACCCCUGAAGAAAUUGAAGAACCAAGAGCAAUAAAGGAGAUAUGUUAUAAAUCUGGUAAGAAAUCAAACAUUUGUGGAUUUUUCUAAUAUUUGAUGUGACAGAUAUGCUAACCAUCACUUUUCUUAUGGGAGAUUAGGUGAAUACUACAGAUUUUAUACUUCUCCAGAUAUUUCAUCAUCAAAAAGCCUAACCUCUACAGCAGAAAAAGAAUUAGAAAAGCCUUUGGAAAAUGGCAGUGAAUUGCAAGAAGGUAAGGGAUGACAAGGCAGCGCUUCAAGGUGAUUUGUGAAGGAUACUCAGUCCAAUAGGCUGUGAAUUAUUUAGUAAGAUGUACAGUAGAGUUAAAUGACAAGACAUCAGAAUUGAGAGUGAGAAUGAAGUGCUUUUCUCAGAUGACCUUAACUUUAACAUGAAAAGCUGCUAUUAAUAUAAUUAUGCUUUCCCAGAGAUGCCACAGAAUGAGGAGCCUUCAUAAACAUAUGGUGACACUACAUUCCAUGCAGUAAUUCUGUAAAUAAUUUGCUUUUAUGAUUACAUAUUUCUUUGGAAGCAAUUCUUCCUGUGUAAUAGAUGUAGAGUUUUCUGGUUUAGAACCCAAUCCAGAAUAACAUGUGGUAUUAGAAUUUCAUUUCUCUUUUAUUCUCAUUUUAAUAGUUUAUUUUAUAAGAAAAUUAUCUAGAGAUAUAUAAGAAAAAUGGUGAGACUUAUUUAAUUACCACAGUUCAAUUAGCAUUUUUUAGUCAGUAGUAGACACAAAUAGUUUUUACUCAUUUUCUUUUCAUGGUAUAUAAAUAAAAACAAAAGAAGUAUCACAAUUCAUUAUAUGAAAAGCAAAUCAAAUAGACUAAAUGUAUUAUGUACAAACUAUAGUGUUAGAAGGCUUGAAUUUUUAAAUUGCCAUUUGAUAAAUUAUCCACACAUGCAAAUCAAUUUGCUGACUGCUUUCCUGAUAAUUAAAACAUUUGCCUAAAAUUUAUGUAUUUAUAAAUCUACUUUUUUCAUCAUAUCACCAUGCAAACAACACUUGCAUUAACUUUUAGGAUUUUACUAUCAUCAUGAAUUCUAUCACAAACUUAUGUAAGCAUGUAGUCGUUUCCGGGAUGAUUUUUUCUUUCUUAAAAAACUUCUAGGGGAUGGUCUUACAGUUCCAAAAAAAUUUAGCCUAUGUGAAAAGCAAGGGGAGAUGAAAGCAUCAUUGGAUGGAAAACCAAGGACUGACCUUGCUGCUUUUGAAAAUGGAGGAGGUGACUGCCACGUCCAACAGAGGAUCAUAGUGCUUGGAGUAGACAAAAAUAAAGCUUUACCUGAAAAGAAAGAAAUCACCAUGUCAAAACGCUCAGAUACUAAAGAUAACAAGGACGAUCCUGAUCCAGAGUGUUCCCUAACUACCCAAUUAGUACCUACAAUGCAUCUGUUAAAUGCUACUGAGAAUGUCAGUGUGAAGUGCAGAGUGGAUCCCUCUUCAAUGUAUGAUGUCCAGCCAGUGAGGAAGCCUGAUUUUAAAGGUGUGAAAAAAAGGAAAUGGAUUUAUGAUGAACCAAAGAACUCUCCUGGCCCAGGAAUGUAGAGAGUGGUACAGGCACCAAUUUCCCAAAAUAAAAUGAGGGACCAUCGCAAUUAUAAAAACAGAAAUGCUGAAAAUGCAUCCUAUAUCCAUGCUCAGAGAGAUGCUGUCAAACCUGUCUCGUUGAAUGCACCUUCUUACAGCGGGCCCAUGAAUAGUUCCUACAUUAAAGGCAAUGUUAACAAGGAACCCAAACCCAACCGCUGUCCUGGUGAGGUUCAUUACUUACAUAAUUUACUCAUGUCUAUAGUUUGCAUCACCAUGGAAUUUCUGGAUGGUCCAACUGACCUUCACUGUUACCCACCUUCUCUUCUUUUUCGAGGCCAUCACCACCAUAACAUCUUAGAAAACUAGUGAAGGGAUUUCUUCCAUGUGUAGAAAUACACGAUUUAAAGGAUAUGGAAGAAAACAUGUUGGGUGACAUCAUUUGUUGUGAACCUCCCUAGAGUUUUGUCUCAGAGCACAGCACUCUGUUCCCCCUGGAUAGCUUUACUUCACCCUUAAUGAUUGUUUUCAAAUGGUUGACCUUGUCUUGUUCCACUAACUACAUUGUUCAAUGAUCACUUCAUGCUAGUGCUUCAGCUUUUCUUGAGAACCUCAUGACUACUUUUGGAAAGGGUUAGUUUGGGGGUUAAUGGCAAUUAUUUUUGACAACGUCUCAUCUCUUCCACCAUACACAGAUUGCUUCUAAAUCAUUGCCAUCACGUAACAGGCAAAAUCACAGUAUGUGUCAGGCAGUACAGGCCUCAAGGGAGGAAAGAACCAAAUCUCUUUUUCUUCCUGUCUCACAUGAAUUUUGCUCUUUUAAAGUUGGGUUGCAAAGUCCACUCAGCUCCCUGUGAUAUCAUGCUUGUAUUUUCCUGUGUUCACAGUCUACUCAGGGCAGUUCUGAAUGUUGUGUACUUUCUGAAAUAUAAGUAAAAACUCUGCUUCUUUUAGGUCUUUUCUUUUAUAAUUUAAAUAGAAGUUAGUUUUAUGUAAAUUGUUUUUCUUCUCCUUGUUUUAGAAUAGAAUGAUGUAUGGAUUUACAUAUAAAAAUAAGGAUACCAAUAGGUAAAGCAGGCUUUUCAUUUUAUUUACUAAUUUUAAAAAAUCAAUUUUAUUGUUAUUUUACUGUGAGCAGACACCUGUGAAGAAUACAAUGGCCAGCAGAACUGCCUGGUGCCAUUAUCUAGAUUUGUGUGAAGGUGGCUGCACUUACACUCGCUAUUGCUUUUGCACCAUUUGUGCAAAUGUCAACACGGAAAAAUCAAAAUAAAUUCGUAGGAUUAUUGUGGACCAUUAUUUGACAAUCACAGCUGUGUGGUAAUACUUGAAAACACAAAUAUAUCACUGUUAGUUAACUGUUCAAAUACAGAGCCAUCAGAGGAAAGUAGACAUUUAAAGACCAAGUCAAUAUAUAAAUGCUUUGGUUUCCCGGGGCAGAGAGUUCACUGUGGCAGAGCGAUUAUUGCCAUCAUGGAGUCACUUCGUGGAAGGAAAGGGACUUUGCCUGUACCUUCCAGGUUGUCCUUCCUUCCUUUCUCCUUUUCUUCCUUCUCUGCUUCCUUCCUCCCAGUUUUUAAAAAAGCUUUUUAAAAAUUGUAAAAUCAUGGCAAAGAAAAGCAAUGUAAUCUUUCCAUUACACCGAGAUAUCAUAUUCUCGUCUAGCUUAGCCUCAUAGGAGAGAGCCUGAUAUGAGGAACAAGACAGUUAAUUAAGAGAUGUGUAACCAUGUUCAUUGAGAACUUAAAUGGUCUUUUAAUAAACUCAUGUCCCUGAUGCCUUAGCUUUGAAAGAGUAACUUUAAAAUAUUCCUGCACUAUGAUUUUAAAGUUAUAAAAUAUUCAAUUCCAGUCUCCUUUUUUCUCAGAUAAAUAUACGUCAUAUAAUGGUUCAGCCUGGCAGAAAAGAAUUCCUUUUUCAAAAACAUAUUCAAAAACUGAAAAGAUAAAUACAGGUAAAUAUUUACUAGUGAUUUUAAUGCAUCAUAUAAUUCUGAAAAUGAAAGACAAGUUUUUAAGCUCAAACAACUUAUUUUAGAAAAUUUAGAAAAUUUUCACAAUGCAUAUAAACAAGUACUUGUUUAGUUAGAUAUUUUCUCUACUAGCCAUCUUACUUUGUAUUGUUGUGUUCAUCUUUGUUCAUUUUUAUGUGUUAUCAGAAAUCUUUUAAUGUACUUCUCUCCUAGGCUAUAAGUAUAGCAGUUGCAGCAAUUUUAUAAUACGUUAAGAUGCAUUCUUUGUUGAACUGCAAAGCAAAGAUAUAAAACCAUAUGCUGACCCAAAAUAUUACAGCCUUACUGUGUCCACCAUAGACAAAUAUGGGCUGGUACACACUGAAAGGGCAUCAGAGAUGAAGUUUCUAGGCCAGGAGGUUCAGAGCGACUGUGGUCUCCCCCUUGUUGUGCUCUGAUCUCCAGGAAGGCGUGGGGACCCUGGGAAGAACCUCAGGGUAGAGGCUUGUAGCAGAUCUGACCUCAGGUGGUUCUCUGGCUUAAAAGCUUCUUCUACCUUAUCCGGGAGCUGGCUCAAUGGCUUUGGGAAGCCACACAGGAUAAAAUGGUUUCAGUUACUUCUCAGAGAAAUGAACCUUUCAGAAAAAGCCCUUGAUAGGGAGUCCCUACCUAAAUCGAUAGCCCAGAACUUUCAGAAUCAUCUGAAAUACAUAAGCUCUUGUAAGAGCUUCCCAAAAUGAGCCAGAACACAUCCAGACUAGAGACUAUCCUCUUCCCAAGAUAAACUGCUGAAAUCUUCUAAAGCAUUAUUUCUCUAAGCUCUUUGAACUUUAACUGUGAUGCAAUAUGCAAACUUGUAUAUAUAUUUAUGUACUGGAGUUAAUUGUUUUUCAUUUUUCCCAUCUGUUCCCAAAUCCUAUUGUUCUGCAAGAGAACUCUGCUUGUAGCACUAUUUGACCGAGUAUAUUUUCUCUUAAUUUUGUGUGGGUUUUCACAUGUGGUUGCACUUAGUUUAGGGAGGAAGGAGGUGAAAAGUUGACAAAAAUCCUGGAUGAAACUGCAAAUUGCCAAGCCACAUCUUUUUCUUCCAUGGUUUCCUUGUGGGUGGGAUGGUUUUGGAGAAUCAAAGGAUGUACACCUCACCCCCAGGUCCCAGUGACAGCUCCUGUCCCAUCCCAGAUAGUUAAACAUGAAUUACAGAAGGAUUUGGGGGAAGGUGUUGUCACUUCAGAGCAUGAAACAUGUACCGUCCAUGUAUGGCACAAGAAAGGGAAUGUAACGAGGGAUGUCAGCUGACAAAGCUGCUCUUUUCUUUCAACCUGGAAAUUACAGAGGAGGGAAUGGAAAGGCAGCAGGAGAACAGAUCACUGUGGGGCCGCUUAUUCAGUACUCAUCUCCUCCUCGUCUCUUACCACCUCCAGCUCUGCCAGGUGGCUGGCAGGAAGGUCAAUAAUAGAAUUCCUCUUAAGUUUAUAAGAAUCAGAGCAUAAAAAGGAACUGCGUUGCACUUCCCAGAUGCAGUCUAGGGAGAAAAGUUUUAGAGAGAGUUUCUCAAUACCAGAUGGUGGUGGGUUGGAGGGGAGAGCAGGCUGUGUUGAACAUGAGAAGCUUCUUAAGAUUUCCAAGUUCCAAGCUUGCUUGCAUUAUAUAUUCUCGUGAAUUUCAAGUGCAAGUGAGUUCCUGGGAGAGAGGAACAGUGGGUCUAUGCAAAGUCUCCUGACUGCGACAACAGGAAUGGCAUCAGAAUGAUGCCUUUGCGGUUGGAGCCUAUUACAGGGGAGAACUCAGCUGGAAUCUCAAUAGAUUGCUCUGCCAAGGAGUUGAUUGGAAACCAAGCCAUCAUCCAUUGGUCAAACCCUUGUUACUUGAAGUAUGGUCUGAGGGCCACCAGCAAUGACAUCCCCUGGAAGCUUGCUAGAAAUGUAGAAUCUCCAUCUAAGAUCUGCUGCAUCAAAAUCUGCAUUUUAGCCAGACUCCCACAUGAUUAGAAAGCAUACUAUAGUUUGAGAGACCCUAGACUACGUCAUCUGGGCCAUGAUUCACUAGCACAUGACCCAGACCUUGUUGACACCCAAGAUUGUCGAGAUGAUACUCUCUUGUAAGCUAUCCCACAGCAGCAACCAUUCUCCUCUGUCCCAACCCUAGAAAUGAGGGGAGCAGCAAGGAGGUGAGAAAGGGAGAAAAACCCUGAGAGAAAAAUUUAAAUCUCAGUGUGACUGAAAUAUAAACCUGAAGUAACUAAGAAAUCACUGACGUGGACUAAGUUUAUGUACAAAGGACUAGAUAAGUUUUCUACAUCAGGCAGAAUGGGGGGACUAAGAGUUAAGACAGAUUAAAUAGAGUUAUAACAAAAUAAAGUUAGUUUCCUUGUU